UCUCGAGGCCGAGGACUGCGCUGUCGGAAUUAGUAGGGCUUCCAAACCGAGGCUGCUAAGUGUCGGACUCAUUUUCGUCAGCCGCGCAUGCGCUCUGGAAGCGGAACGAUACCGUGCGGUUUACCAUUGAGCGCUGAGUGUCGGCGGGAGGGAGGGUCAGCGCUGCGUGGGGUGUGCUAGAAUCCUUGCGCCUGCGGGGCCGCGCGAGGGAAGCGGCAGUCGCCAUUUUGAAGCGGUUGUAGGGAGGCGGCGCGUGUAGCUGCUCCUGAGUGUCCGGCCCGUUCCCACCGUUUACUUACCCCGUUUACUCUCCUAGCUUCGGCUCUUCACCGCCGCAGCCAUUGCCGACCCUGCCAUGUCCGGAGGGGGCGUGAUCCGCGGCCCAGCCGGUAACAACGACUGCCGCAUCUACGUGGGGAACCUGCCGCCCGACAUCCGCACCAAGGACAUCGAGGACGUGUUCUACAAGUACGGGGCCAUCCGCGACAUCGACCUCAAGAACCGCCGCGGCGGGCCGCCCUUCGCCUUCGUGGAGUUCGAGGACCCCAGGGAUGCGGAGGAUGCGGUGUACGGAAGGGAUGGGUACGAUUACGAUGGAUAUCGUCUGAGGGUGGAGUUUCCCCGAAGCGGCAGAGGCACCGGCAGAGGAGGUGGCGGAGGUGGAGGUGGCGGGGCCCCCAGGGGCAGGUAUGGCCCCCCGUCCCGGCGGUCUGAGUACCGAGUGAUAGUUUCCGGACUGCCUCCAAGUGGAAGUUGGCAGGAUUUAAAGGAUCACAUGCGUGAAGCAGGUGAUGUAUGUUAUGCUGAUGUUUUCCGAGAUGGAACUGGUGUCGUGGAGUUUGUACGGAAAGAAGAUAUGACCUACGCAGUGCGAAAACUGGAUAACACUAAAUUUAGAUCUCAUGAGGGAGAAACUGCCUACAUCCGUGUUAAAGUUGAUGGCCCAAGAAGUCCAAGCUAUGGAAGAUCUCGGUCACGCAGCGUAGUCGUAGCAGAAGCCGUAGUCGAAGCAACAGCAGAAGCCGCAGUUAUUCCCCAAGAAGAAGCAGAGGAUCUCCACGCUACUCUCCCCGUCACAGCAGAUCUCGUUCUCGUACAUAAAUGAUUAGUGAUGCUCUCUUUUUGUAGAACCCCAUGUUGUACACAGUUUUCCUUUACUCAGUACAGUCUUUAAUUUUUUAAUUCAAACUGUUUUAUUCAAAUUGGCUCAAGUGUUGAAUUGCAUUCUUGUGUAAUAUCCCUAGUGAGUAUUUGCUCCUUAACAUCAACAUUCCCCUCAUGUCUUUGGUAAAUUGUAUUUUAAUUGAUGUUAUAGCCAGGAUUGUUUAAAUUUAGUUAAAGUUAACUACCCACACUCUGCAGACUGUGGUAUUGCUGUGUAAAUGUCUCCGUGUUCAGCUAUGGUUUAUACGAGCUGGGGAUGUUGGGAUGUUUGUGGUUAACUUGUUUCUUCUGGGGGAUCUUAUAUUUUAUCUUGCCUUUUCAUGUGUCUUUCUGUAGACAUAUCUGAAGAGAUGGAUUAAGAAUGCUUUGGAUUAAAGGAUUGUGGAGCACAUGUCAA